UGGAUGUCUCGUCUUGCUUUUGUUAUUUCAGUAGUUUAUAAUUGUAAAGUAAGCUUAGAAAAUAAGUGCUACAUCUAACUGAUACUUUUGUUUGCUUUCUUUUGACAGCUCACGCGUUUGCUAGCUCACGUGCUAACUAGCUUGCUAGUUUUACAUAGCUAGCUAACUAGCUAGCUAGCAGACAUGGAUUCCCAGAAAGACAUGCAGCCUCCUAAACAGCAGCCCAUGAUCUACAUCUGUGGAGAGUGUCACACAGAAAACGAGAUCAAGGCCCGAGACCCGAUCCGCUGCAGAGAGUGCGGCUACAGAAUCAUGUACAAGAAGAGGACGAAGAGACUGGUUGUGUUCGACGCCAGAUGAGCUCCACCCGAUGAACUCCUGCUCUGAACUAAAACCCUUUUUCCUUUUUCUUUGUUUUUCUUUCCUCCAUUUUAUUUGAAUUUGUAAAUAAGUGUGUAGGAACAAUACAGUUUUGUCUACAAAAAAAAGCUGAGUCAUUGUCCUGCUUGUGUUGAAACUGUUGGUUUAUAAAUCCUGUGGCUUCUGGUGUUUUUCUGUUCGGACGAGGAAACUGUAUCAGUCAGUUCACUCCAUUCUGCUGCUUUACAGGUUAAAACACGUCGAGUGUAAAGACAUCACGUCUCCUAUUAAAUUCUACACCGUCUCUCUCUCUCUCUCUCUCUCUCUCUCUCUCUCUCUCUCUCUCUCUCUCUCUCUCUCACACACACACACACUGAGCUUUAAGAGAACUGUUUCAGCAGGAUGUACUCCUGUAUUUUUAUUCUAACACUCUAAAAGCAAAAGAUAAAAUGGUAAAACUAUGAUUUAUUAUUUAUGUAAUAAAUAACAUGUAGUAAAAAUUCAAUAGGAUUUUAUUUUGUA